AUGGUUCCUCUGCCCGUGUGGGAAGACCGACCGGUCGACAGCUGGAAGACAGUGCCUUCGACCGUGAGCACCUCUCCGACCGAACCCCUCCCCGCUCAGCCCUUCAUCAAGAACGUCAGUGGCAAAGCGUGGAAACAACCUCGGCCCCAAGCGACGGUGAGGGGUCAGGGUAAAGGCGCCGGUAACAAGAGGUGGAGUGAGAGGUUGGACGAGCGGAAGAAGAUGGACGGGGUCAAGAGGUUGGCCAAGUGAGUCGGACCGCACAUAUCGUUAUAUGCAUCCCUUGCACUUACGGAGAUGUUCGGGUCUGCGUGGUGUAGGGAGAUGCAGGACGAGAAGAAGGCCGAGAUCGAGAGGAAACGGACGAUCACCAAGGAACGACAGGACAAGGCCAAGGAGAAGUUGAGGUUGGAGGAGAUGGCAAAGAGGGUCAGUCAUACUGCGAGGAUCUACAUCGAGCUCACGCACGAGGUGUAGCGGACCAUCCGACGUUCCGAAAAAGAGGAGUCGAAAACUGAUCCGCUAUCGAAACCGUGUCGCGCAGAUGUCGGCCAAGAAGUUGCAGAGAAUGCAAAAGAGGCUCGGAAGGACCAAGAAGGUCAACCACUAG